AUCCCCCACCCCUCAAACGUCGUCAAUCUACAGGUGCUGUCGCUGCCACAGUGACCGAUCGCUUGUUCAUUCAUCCCCUGGAAAUCGCACUCAUCGACCAGCUAGUGCUGCUACCUUAACCUACAGGAUCAUGCAUUUGCCCUGGUCGUCGUGGUCAUCAGCUUAUUUGAAAGCACAGUCGCACGAAUACUCCCAUUCUCACAUCAUUGCCUCGCUGCGCGUCACUUACUAGCCUGCUUUCGAGUGCGGGUGGGCGUUUUUAUCCCUGCGGCUUGUUUGGGUUGUGCUCAUGACGGAUUGGCGUUCCUUUUGACCAGCUGAUUGUGUCUUCUUCUUCCUCUUCCUCUUCCUCUUGAAGCUUCUUUCAACUUCUUCCAACUUCUUACUCACUUGCUUGGUAGAGUCGACGAGUCGGUGUAGUUCUCAUUAUUAAGCGCUCGUGAGUAUGAUUGCGUUCACGUAGUGCGGGUUCCGGCAAAUGGUUUCGCCCCAAUGUGCGAAGUGGAGAAUUUCAAGGGAGUUUGGCACUGUUCACUGAAUGUAUGAAUCAGCAGAUUGGUUUUUACAAACUUGCUUAAAUUGGUUGCUUCACUGAUCGCUCCUGAUCGAUCUUAGGGUGGACGAGGAGAGUCGCUGGAGAAACUGCAUUGAUGACAACCAUGACCACGUCUUGACAGCUUUGAUUUAGCUUUCUAGCAGAAAUAUUCUGAAGCAAGCGUCGUACGAGGAUUGAUUCUGUAGUUGAAACGGGACCAUCAUUGUCCACUACCGUCGCCAAUCUUGGUCCCUCAAAACUCCAGUGUCUGAGCAUCCCCCAAUUCCAUUGUAUGGGUCGGAAUUUGAAGCUAGGAACAAACGAAUUGAUCGACCGUGUCGGAGACGGCAGUCACAGUUCUUCGGAAGCUCUUGUUGGGCAGCUCACCUUUUAGAGCCAGUGCCCGUCACGUCUACACCAACUUCGCCGUCCGAUCAUCUGAGAAAUUUCAUGCCAUCGAAACAGAAGCCGACGACUGCUGUGCAAAAGGAUUCCUUGCAGGAGCCGUUUCGUGUCUUAGGACGUUAGUUACGAAUCUAUGCCGGCAAUGGUUUGAUGGACGAAAGAUAGUGGCCAAUCGUUAGCCACAAGGAAUCGCUAUUUGAAGGAAAACGGAGGAGGAAAUAUGAAUAUCUCCAAUGUAGUACAGCUUGGGCUGCUGCUUUUGGCAAUGCUAGUGCGCGAGCUUCCUCCGACGAUGGCCACCAAUGACGAAGGAGGUGCACUGUUGGCCUUCAAAAACGGGCUGACUUGGGACGGGACCGUCGACCCACUAGCCACGUGGGUGGGAAACGACGCCAAUCCCUGCAAAUGGGAGGGCGUCAUCUGCAACACCCUCGGCCAAGUCACAGAGCUUUCUCUCCCUCGGCUUGGGCUCACAGGCACUAUCCCUCCAGUUCUUUGCACCCUGACCAAUUUGCAGCACCUCGAUCUCAACACCAACAGUUUCUCCGGUACAUUGCCGUCACAGAUUGGCGCUUUCGUCAGCCUGCAGUACCUCGACCUGAACUCGAACCAUAUCUCCGGUGCGCUGCCUCCGUCUAUCUUCACCAUGCUCGCGCUGCAAUACAUAGACUUGAGCUUCAACUCGUUUUCAGGAGUGCUCCCCGCUGAAAUUGAAGCGCUACGAGGGUUGCACACGCUCAUUUUGCGAGAGAACUCUUUUUCCGGAUCAAUACCUCCGCAAAUCGGAAGCCUCAUUCGCCUGAAACGGCUCGACCUUAGCUUCAACUCCUUCUCCGGCACUGUGCCCCCACAGCUGGAGGGUCUAGUGAACAUGGAGGAUUUGAGUUUGAGUGCCAACUCGCUCUCAGGAGAAGUACCCCCCUUCCACAUGAUGACCAACCUCUACAGCGUGGAUGUCAGCGGCAAUCUCUUCUCCGGGAGCAUCUCUCCCCGCUUAGCACAGUUGAAGAACCUCCAGGCGUUGGAUUUGAGCAACAACUCACUAACGGGAACCAUCCCGAGCGAGAUCUGGAGCAUAAGGUCGCUCGUGGAGCUUUCUCUCGGGUCGAACAGUGCCCUUACCGGUAGCAUACCGAAGGAGAUCGGCAAUCUCGUCAAUCUGACGAGUUUGUUCCUUGGAGAGUCCAAGCUAGGCGGGCCCAUACCUGAGGAGAUCACCCUCUGCACCAAGCUCGUGAAGCUCGAUCUUGGUGGCAACAAAUUCAGCGGCUCUAUGCCGACCUAUAUCGGCGAGUUGAAGCGGUUAGUGACGCUGAAUCUUCCAAGCACGGGACUCACGGGCCCAAUCCCUCCCUCCAUCGGCCAGUGCACUAACCUCCAGGUGCUUGACCUCGCUUUCAAUGAGCUCACUGGCUCUCCUCCCGAAGAGCUUGCAGCACUUCAAAGCCUGAGAUCUUUAUCCUUCGAAGGCAACAAGCUGUCAGGACCGUUGGGCUCUUGGAUUUCAAAACUGCAAAAUAUGUCUACAUUGCUGCUUUCUACAAAUCAAUUCAACGGCACCAUUCCUGCCGCCAUCGGCAACUGCUCGAAGCUUAGGAGCCUGGGCCUCGACGACAAUCAACUCUCGGGACCUAUUCCGCCGGAGCUUUGCAACGCCCCUGUGUUGGAUGUAGUUACCCUUAGCAAGAAUUUUCUCACCGGCAACAUCACCGACACCUUCCGAAGAUGUCUGACCAUGACUCAGCUCGACCUUACAUCGAAUCGUCUCACUGGCGCGAUUCCCGCUUACCUUGCUGAGCUCCCAAGCCUUGUCAUGCUGUCAUUAGGAGCGAACCAAUUUUCCGGAUCGGUGCCCGACUCUUUGUGGAGCUCCAAGACGAUCCUCGAAUUACAAUUGGAGAAUAACAAUCUGGUCGGUAGAUUGUCGCCCUUGAUAGGUAAUAGCGCGUCACUGAUGUUUUUGGUGUUGGACAACAACAAUCUCGAGGGGCCGAUACCGCCGGAGAUUGGGAAGGUGAGCACGCUGAUGAAAUUCUCCGCACAGGGGAAUUCUCUUAACGGUUCAAUUCCCGUGGAGCUUUGCUAUUGCUCCCAGCUCACCACGCUGAACCUCGGGAACAAUUCUCUCACAGGCACCAUCCCACAUCAGAUUGGAAACCUCGUCAAUCUCGACUACUUGGUGCUUUCGCACAACAACCUCACUGGGGAGAUUCCAAGUGAGAUUUGCAGAGAUUUCCAGGUGACUACUAUUCCAGUAUCGACUUUUCUCCAGCAUCGCGGCACGUUAGAUUUGUCAUGGAACUAUCUCACUGGGUCGAUUCCUCCCCAGCUCGGAGACUGCAAAGUGUUAGUAGAGCUCAUCCUGGCGGGGAACCUUUUCUCCGGAGGACUGCCUCCUGAGCUCGGCAGGCUUGCAAAUCUAACCUCGUUGGACGUGUCGGGGAACGACCUAAUCGGGACCAUACCUCCGCAGCUCGGCGAGUUGAGAACAUUGCAAGGGAUUAACCUUGCAAACAACCAAUUUUCGGGGCCGAUCCCCUCUGAGCUCGGCAACAUUAACAGCCUCGUGAAGCUGAACCUGACUGGUAAUCGAUUGACAGGAGACUUGCCUGAGGCGCUGGGGAAUUUGACCAGCCUCUCGCAUCUGGAUGUUAGUGGGAAUCGUCUUAAUGGGGAGAUUCCGAAGGCCAUGGCUAACAUGGUGUCUAUUGUGGGCCUGAACUUGGCGGGAAACGAGCUCAGUGGAGGCAUUGCAGGGCUACUCUCGGAGAGCACCGUGUGGCGCCAGAUGCAGUCACUGAACCUCAGCGGAAACAAGCUAUCGGGCGAAAUUCCAGCUGUUGUCGGGAACCUCUCCGGGCUGGCGGUGCUCGACUUAAGCAGUAACCAUUUCUCUGGCGUCAUUCCAGACGAAGUUAGUGAAUUCUACCAGCUCGCUUUCUUGGAUCUUUCUAGCAAUGAUCUCGUCGGCUCAUUCCCCAGCAAAAUCUGCGACCUGCGCUCCAUGGAGUACCUGAACGUCUCAAACAAUAAGUUGGUUGGUCGGAUCCCUGACAUUGGAAGCUGCCACUCGCUCACGCCAUCCUCCUUCCUAGGCAAUGCAGGCCUAUGCGGGGAAGUUUUGAACAUCCAUUGCGCUGCCAUUGCGAGACCUAGUGGAGCUGGUGAUAACAUCAGCCGUGCCGCUCUUCUGGGCAUCGUGUUGGGAUGCACCUCAUUCGCGUUCGCGUUGAUGGUUUGCAUCUUACGCUACUGGCUGCUUCGGCGAUCGAAUGCGCCCAAAGACAUAGAGAAAAUCAAGCUCAACAUGGUGCUGGACGCGGACUCCAGUGUCACCUCCACGGAGAAGUCGAAGGAGCCACUGAGCAUCAACAUUGCCAUGUUCGAGAGGCCACUGAUGCGCCUCACAUUGGCCGAUAUCCUGCAAGCCACCAAUAACUUCUGCAAGACGAAUAUAAUCGGCGACGGGGGGUUCGGGACGGUGUACAAGGCAGUCCUAUCAGAUGGCAGGAUUGUAGCCAUCAAGAAGCUCGGCGCGUCGACAACGCAAGGAACUCGAGAAUUUCUUGCAGAAAUGGAAACCCUUGGCAAGGUGAAGCAUCCCAACCUGGUGCCUUUGCUGGGGUACUGUUCCUUCGGCGAUGAAAAGCUUCUCGUUUAUGAAUACAUGGUCAAUGGAAGCCUAGAUCUCUGCCUUCGGAAUCGCGCGGACGCGCUUGAGAAACUAGAUUGGAGCAAGCGCUUCCAUAUUGCAAUGGGAUCCGCUCGCGGUCUCGCUUUCCUGCACCACGGGUUCAUCCCCCACAUCAUCCACCGUGACAUUAAAGCCAGCAAUAUUCUGCUGGACGAAAACUUCGAAGCGAGAGUUGCAGACUUUGGUCUGGCGCGGCUGAUCAGCGCAUAUGAAACUCAUGUGAGCACCGACAUCGCCGGUACGUUUGGAUACAUUCCCCCUGAGUAUGGGCAAUGCGGGAGAUCCACAACGCGUGGGGAUGUGUAUAGCUACGGGAUAAUACUCCUGGAGCUCUUGACAGGGAAGGAACCUACGGGAAAAGAGUACGAGACCAUGCAGGGAGGGAAUUUGGUGGGAUGCGUCCGGCAGAUGAUCAAGCUCGGCGACGCACCGAAUGUGCUGGAUCCUGUCAUUGCCAAUGGGCCGUGGAAGAGCAAGAUGUUGAAGGUGCUCCAUAUUGCGAAUUUGUGCACCACGGAGGACCCUGCUCGUAGGCCCACCAUGCAGCAGGUCGUUAAGAUGCUCAAGGAUGUGGAAGCUGCCCCCCAGUUCACGGCACUUGCCCCUGUAUAAUUGAUCUUACAAGAGCUGUAAGUUCGAGAUUGCCUGCAGCAUGUGAAGAAUUGCACAACGCUACCACCCGCGUGUUGAUUUCUGCUGGGAGAUAGCGAGAAGCUAUGAAUCUGGGUUGUGAUUUGGUUUCAUGUCAAGACCGUGGGCUCGACUUGGAAGGAGAGAACCCACUUGCUCCAUCCGGACCGAGAGCUGACAUUAACCAACUAUCGGAUUGCAUUGCACACACCUGAUUGUAUCCAUUCAAAAUGUAAUAUUCCAGGUUUGAUCAUAGAGAAUUUCAACAAAUCAGAAUGAGUUGUGGCGGCGCCGCGAUAAUAAGAAUGUUACGGUAGUUAGGGUCCCGAUUUCUCCAGGUGAUUCACAGAAAGUCCUACGAUAUGUGACAAGAGCAGGAAGCUGUCUGUUGCCGCGUACAGUCGGCCUAAGAGCUCGAUCUUCUUAAUGAAUCUAGAAGCGUCAAGUGCUUGAUAGAUACUCCCGCUAGUAAAGAGGCGACCUGGCCUUCAGCCAUAGAUGGCCAGAAGAAUGCUUCACCGAGGACUUAACGCUUUCACUUCUCCUCGCGCUUCUUGAAGAAAAUGAAGAAUAUAUUGCUGACGCUGAAUACACUGUGUCCGUCCUGAGUUCGAGUACUUCGAAAUGGAGUAUGAACCCGUACCUAUCAGCUCGGAUGCAGGGGAAUUGGUUUUGACAAGAAAUGUGCAUCUUGUGCGUGUUCGUGGUUAGGGCUCGUCAGCGAAUUGAUGAUGCCAGUUUUGCGUGAGUUCAAUGUUGUAUAGAUUUACCCUGAUGGGUUCACGAAGUGUUGAUAUCGUCUGCUAUGUGUUUCACUGCUGUAAUUUACCUAUCCGAAUUCGUCAUCACCAUCGCUAAACAGAUCAACGAGUAUACCGUGUUUAGUUCAUGAACUUCUGGAAUGAAGUUUAGUUGAUUCAGAACUUGGUAAACAUCCGCAUUGAACAGCUCUUUGGAAAGUUUAGUUGAACAUAUAAUAAUUAUCAAAGUUUUCUUCAUUCUUUUUUAUU